AGAAAUUAUUCUGAUUGUGAAUCCAGUAAUGUAGAAACUGAAAUGAUGUGGUUUUUCUAUAACUUUAUUGCCGUUGGUUCUUUGGUAUUUGCUUUGAGCCUUUUCCAAAUAUGGACGUUUCUGAUCUCAGCGACGAGACAAAUCAGGAGGAUUCGGCAGAAGUUUUUCAGUUCUGUACUUCAUCAGGAUAUGUCUUAUUUUGAUUCAAUCCAGAUUGAGACUUUGCAUUACAGACUAACAGAAGACAUCUUUACUGUACAUGAAGGCCUAGGUGACAAAUUGUGCAUAUUUGUAAAUGUUCUCUCCACCUUUGUCUCGUGCCAAAUCUCAGCAUUUUUAAAUGGCUGGAAACUGACGCUAGUGAUCUUGUCAGUCAGUCCACUGUUUGGUAUAUCAACAGCGGUGUGGUCCAAGAUUAUUGCAUCAUUUUCCUCUAAGGAGUCGCUGGCAUAUGAAAAGGCCGGUGCAUUUGCUGAGGAAAUUGUUACAGCCAUAAGGACAGUUACUGCAUUUAAUGGACAACAGAAAGCUGUGGAUAACUACGAUGCAAAGUUAAUUGAUGCAAGAAAUGUUGGAAUUAAAAAGUCUAUUGCUUUAAACCUAUCAUGUGGAGCAAUGCAAUUCAUUGGAUUUGUAAUCUACAGCCUUUCAUUUUGGUAUGGAACAAAAAUCACUGAAGAAGAGCCUCGAAAUUAUAACAUUAGCAACGUAUUCAUUAUCAUUUACUCAGUGAUGUUCGGCACAUACUCACUUGGACUGGUAACUCCAAAUUUAGAAAGUAUUAGAAGUGCACGCACAGCAGCCUUUGAGAUAUACAAAAUCAUAAACAAGUUUCGCCCAAUCGAUAGUGGGUCCACCGAGGGAUACAAGCCAGACAAAUUGAUUGGUCAUAUUGAAUUUAAGAACAUUCACUUUGCUUACCCUAGUCGUCCAGAUAUACAAAUUCUCAGUGGUCUGAACCUAAAGGUACCAUCUGGAAAGACCAUUGCUCUUGUUGGCACAAGUGGCUGUGGGAAAAGCACAACCAUUCAGCUACUACAGAGGUUCUAUGAUCCAAUAGAAGGAGAGAUUACAGUGGAUGGACAUGAUAUACGUUCACUCAAUGUCAAGUGGCUAAGAGAUAAUAUUGGAGUGGUUAGUCAAGAACCUGUCUUAUUUGGAACAACCAUUGGUGAAAAUAUUCGCUAUGGAAGAGAUGGAGUAACUGAAGAAGAAAUUGAGCAGGCAGCCAGAGAAGCUAAUGCAUAUGAAUUUAUAUCAAAGUUUCCUGAUCAAUUUAACACAAUGGUUGGUGAGAGAGGAGCCCAGAUGAGUGGCGGACAGAAGCAGAGGAUCGCUAUAGCACGAGCUCUCGUAAGAAAUCCCAAAAUUCUGCUUCUUGAUGAAGCAACAUCAGCUUUGGACAAACAAAGUGAAGCUAUAGUACAAGCUGCCUUAGAUACGGCCAGGGCUGGUCGGACCACUAUUAUGAUAGCCCAUAGACUGUCUACUAUCAGGACAGCUGAUGUCAUCGCUACCUUUCAUGGAGGUGUGAUUGUGGAGCAAGGGUCGCAUGAUGAGCUCAUGAGCAAGGAGGGAAUCUACCAUUCUCUUGUGAUGCUUCAGACUGAAGACAGUAAUGGCAGAGAAGAAGAUGAGAGUAAACGCAGUUCUAAUGGGACCACAGAUUCUAAAGAAGAAAGUGAGGAAGACAGAAGUCAAUAUGUAGAAGAAGCCAGCCGAACAUUACAAGAUGUUGAAAACAGAAUGGUAUCAGUUAGGCGUCAAAGUUUGCUAGAAGAAUCUAAAAGAAAAGUUAAAAAAACAAAGUCAACGACAAAAUCUAGCAAGAAACAGUCUAAAAUAAUAAAAGAGGAAAUGGAAGUCCAUCCUGAAGUACCUAUGAGAAGAAUUAUGCAGCUAAACAAACCAGAAUGGCCUUACAUUGGGAUCGGAGCAAUAGCUUCUGGAAUAAAUGGGGUGAUAUUUUCCAUAUUUGGUGCCAUUUUUGGAAUGUUUAUUGGUGCAUUUGGCGAACAAGAUAAUGUAAAAAGGAGUCAAAAAACUAACUUUUUAUCAAUAAUGUUAUUGAUCAUGGGAUUAAUUGGUUUAAUGGCACAUAUUACCAUGGGGUUCAUGUUUGGAAAGUCUGAAGAAAAUUUAACCAUGAGGCUGCGAUCUCUUUCAUUUAAGGCAUUGCUCCGUCAGGACAUUGGCUAUUUUGAUGCUCAUGAAAAUACAGUAGGUGCCCUAAUGACAAGACUCGCAUCGGAUGCUUCUCUGAUUAAAGGGGCUACUGGAAGCCGAAUAGGAUUUCUUACGAUGACAGUGUUCACUCUGGUUUCUGCUGCCAUCAUUGCUUUUAUACAUGGCUGGCAGCUGACGUUGGUUGUCUUGGCGUGUGUUCCACUAUUCAUCGGAGUCAACUUAACUGAAAGAAUGGCUAUUAGUGGUCACGCAUCCAAAGAUCAGAAGGACUUGGAAGAAGCUGGAAGAAUAUCAACAGAGGCUGUUGAAAACAUCAGGACAGUGGUGUCAUUAACAAAAGAAGAUGCAUUUUAUGAAAAAUAUGAAGCCAGCUUAAGAGGACCAUACAGGAAUGCCCUUCGGAAAGCAUGCUUUCAUGCACUGACAUAUGCAGUUGCUCAAUCCAUGAGCUACUUUAUUAAUGCAGCUAUAUUUAGGUUUGCGGCCUGGCUCGUGGCACAUUGUUACAUGCAACCUGAAAAUGUCUUUGUAAUAGUUAGUGUUAUUUCUUUUGCGUGUACUCAUGUGGGAAAUUCCAAUUCCACUGCACAAGAUUAUGGACAAGCAAAGGUUUCAGCUCAGCGCAUUUUUAAGCUUUUGGACAGAAAUCCAGUUAUUGACAGCUACAGCGAAGAAGGAAACACUUUGAAUGAAAUGAAAGGAAAUAUUGAAUUUAAAAACAUCAAAUUUGUUUAUCCAACGAGACGAAAGGCUCAAGUUCUACAGGGACUCAACAUCAAAGUAUCUAAAGGUCAGACCCUCGCCCUGGUGGGCAGCAGCGGCUGUGGCAAAAGUACAGUGGUUCAGCUCCUGGAGAGGUUUUAUGACCCUGUGGAUGGACAAGUGCUUGCAGAUGGAAUUGAUACCAAGAUUCUCCACCUGAAGUGGCUGAGGUCACAGCUAGGCAUUGUGCCCCAGGAACCAAUCCUUUUUGAUUGCAGCAUCGGUGAAAACAUCCAGUACGGUGACAACAGUAGACUUGUUACACAGGAGGAGGUCAUAGCAGCUGCUAAAUUAGCCAACAUUCACACCUUCAUCCAGAGUUUGCCAGAAGGAUAUAAUACACGUGUUGGCAGUCAUGGAGCCCAGCUGUCAGGAGGACAAAAGCAGAGGAUCGCCAUUGCCCGAGCUCUCGUACGCAAACCAAAAGUGCUACUUCUGGAUGAAGCCACCUCCGCUCUUGAUACUGAAAGUGAGAAGGUUGUGCAGGAAGCUCUGGAUGAGGCAAGGCACGGCAGGACCUGCAUAGUGAUUGCUCACCGGCUAUCCACAAUACAGAAUGCUGAUAUCAUUGUAGUAAUGAAGAAUGGGAAAGUGGUGGAACAAGGCACUCAUAACCAGCUAAUGGCCAAAGAAGAAGAAUAUUAUUCUCUUGUGCACUCACAAGUCUCAAAGUAAUGUCUGUACUGCUCUGGGAUCAGCACCAUUCUUGACAACCUAUAUAUAUUAUACCAUAUUCUGAAUUUUACACACAAUAUUUUAUGGAGAAAAACAAGUUAUGUAAAAUUUUACAUAAGAUGUAAUACACUACAACACACUAAGCGGUCUAUUCAAUUAGUGUUGGAAUUUCCGAAAAGUCGGAAAAACUGCACUUUUAGACUUUUGUAGGAAAUUCCGACAUGUUGAAAAACAGGUGGAUCAGCAAAUUCGCUCGCCGAUAUACAGUACCUGUUUUGUCAAAUUCGCUGGCAUUUCCAACAGGUUUUUGCCCGUUUUCGACAAUGCCCAUUCGACUUUAAAAAAAGUUGGAUUGGCAUAGUCGAAAACUGGCAAAAACCUGUCUGAAAUGCCUGGAAAUUGAAUAGUGAAGUGUCUGAUCCUUUAAUUGAAUACACCCCAAUACCACUAUAAAGAAAACACUUGAAGCAAACAUGCAGAAAUAAUGGCUACAUGUAAUUAAAAGGAACUGUACUAUAAACAGGCUCACUUCUUUCUGUGUGACAAAUAAAGG